AUGGCCUUCCAUCUCCCCCCAUCAGCUGCGGGGAACGCAUCCUCCUCCGAUUCCAGCACUUCCUCAAAUCCACGAUACACGCCUGUUUCUAAGGGCUCUGAGGACGAUGAAUACCCUGUCUCUGGUAGUAGACCUAAACAAUCGCCCGUUGGACCGUUACGACUCCAGACUGAUUUUGGGGGUACAGAGGGUGCUGUUGGGGGUCCUGUUUCCGAUAUCGAGGAGGGCGAUGGAUUCAAUACCAGGGCCGAAAUGAAGGGGAAGAGGACACGGGGCCCGAAAUGGACUUCGGAAGAGGAAAAGGAGGUGGUAAGGAUCUUUGAUAAGAGACUUGUGCCUUUUCUCGCUCUUUUGUACCUCCUGGCUUUCUUGGACCGAUCCAAUAUCGGGAAUGCCAGGAUAGCCGGGCUUCAAGAAGAUCUGCAACUCUCGUCUUCACAGUAUGAAUGGCUACUGACCGCAUUCUACAUCACAUACAUUCUUUUUGAAUGGAUGACGCUGAUGUACCGCGUCGUUCCGCCGCACAUGUACAUUUCUCUCUGUGUUUGUGGCUGGGGUCUGGUAGCCUCGUUUCAAUGCCUUGCAACCUCCUUCGGGGGCCUAGUCGUUCUCCGCUUGUUGCUCGGCAUCACGGAAGCUGCAUUCGGUCCUGGAGUUCCGUUCUAUUUGUCGCUGUUCUACCGGCGUGAUGAAUUGGCUUUCAGGAACGGGCUUUUUAUUUCAGCUGCACCGCUGGCAACCACGUUUGCUAGCAGUCUCGCGUGGGUGAUUGUGAAACUUAGUAGCGAUGGACCGAUCUCCCCAUGGCGUACUCUUUUCUUGGUUGAAGGAUUCCCCAGCGUGAUUGUUGCCAUAUUUGCUUGGGUCCUGAUCCCUGAUUCUCCGGGCAAAGCCCGAUUUCUUACCCGCAGACAACGUGCUGUGGCUCAACGGCGGCUUGAGGAGAACAACACAAAAUCGAAUUAUGAGCAAUCGCAAGAACAGGGGUUGAAAUGGCGUGAGAUUUUGAAGACAGCUUCUGACCCUAAGGCUUACAUGGCAGCUUUCAUGUUCUUCAGCUGCAAUGUUGCGUUUAGCUCGAUGCCAGUAUUCCUGCCCACCAUCAUCAAAGACAUGGGCUUCUCCUCCCUUUCCGCACAAGCCCUCUCGGCCCCGCCCUACCUAAUCGCCUUCGUCGUCGUCCUAGUAACAGCCUGGGCUUCAGACCGCACCCGCACCCGUAGUUCAUACCUGAUAGCGCACGCACUAAUCUCAUCUCUUUCAUAUGCCGCCAUCGCAGCAGCAGGCUACUUUCACACCCACCUCUCUCCCUCCUUGCACACCUUCAUUCGCUACAUAUGCGUCUACCCGGCCAUAUCAGGAUUCUUCUCCGCAAUCACAUUGAUCAUCACCUGGUCGAUGGACAACCGAGUUGAAAAAGAAGGCAAAGGAGCGAGCAUCGCCAUCUUGAACAUAAUUGGGCAGUGUGGUCCUCUUCUGGGGACAAGGCUAUACCCCGAGGCGGAUGGGCCAUGGUAUGUGCGGGGAAUGGCAGUCUGUUCUGUUUUUAUGGUGCUGGUCGCCAUCCUUGCCUUUGCUCUGAGGGUACUUUUGCAAAAAGCUAAUAAGGCUUCUUCGGGUGGGACAUUGUUUGAUUCCGCGCAAACUAGUGGAUCUGGGGCCGUCGAUGGGGAGGAGCGAGAUGAGCUUAUGGGCGGUGGGCGGAGAGAGGAUUUGGAGUUUGAUACUGGGGAUCAGAGGCUCGUUUAUAUCAUUUAG